CGUAGCGCGGUUCAUUUCCGCUUCGUUUAUUCCUUCGGAAAUGGCUGCCGCUGCUGCCGCCGCCGCUAAGCCUUGAGGGAUCAAGUCAGGAAAGAGGAGGAAGAGGCCGCUAUGGGUCGCGAGUCCAGAUCAACAAAGCAACAGGUGUCCAAACAAAAACAGCAUUAUCGGAAGCGCUCCUCAUCACGAGGGCGUUCUGGUAGCCGUUCUAAGAGUCGCUCUCCAUCUGACAAAAGAGCCAAACGUGGAGAUGAUAGACGUUCUAGAAGCAGGGAAAGAGAACGUAGGCGUGAAAGAUCACGGAGCAGGGACAAGAGGAGAUCUCGGUCACGUGAUCGAAAGCGUGUGAGUAUUACCCAAAAUCUGCUUGUGCGUAGGCGUUCACGAAGCAGAGAGCGGGAACGGAGCAGAGAAAGGAGACGAUCACGCAGUCGAGAAAGAAGAAGAUCCAGAAGCCGAAGUAGAGGGCGGCGGUCCCGAUCUUCUAGCCCUGGCAAGAACAAGAAAGUGGAAAACAGAUCACGAUCAAAAGAAAAGGUAGAAGGUGUGGAAGUUAACAAAGAAAAGAAAAAAGAGAAAGAGGACAAAGAAGAAGAAAAGGGUCAAGAUGUAAAUAAUUUCGAUCAGAACAAACUAGAAGAGGAAAUGAGGAAGCGAAAAGAAAGAGUAGAGAAAUGGAGAGAAGAACAGCGCAAAAAAGCUAUGGAAAAUAUAGGAGAACUAAAGAAAGAAAUUGAAGAAAUGAAGCAGGGGAAAAAAUGGAGCUUAGAAGAUGAUGAUGAUGAUGAUGAAGAAACUGCAGAAGGGGAAAAGGAAGGUAAUGAGAUUGAAGAUGAAGAACUUGAUCCAUUAGAUGCAUAUAUGGAAGAAGUGAAAGAAGAGGUUAAGAAGUUCAAUAUGAGAAGUGUAAAAGGUGGAGGUGGAGGUGGAAGUGAAAAGAAAUCUGGGCCAACAGUUACUAAAGUAGUAACAGUGGUGAAAACCAAAAAAGCAUCUCCAGAAACAGAAAAGAAGAAAGGAGAACUUAUGGUGAAUGACCAAGAUGCAAUGGAGUAUUCUUCUGAAGAGGAGGAAGUAGAUCUCCAGACUGCACUGACAGGGUACCAGACCAAACAUAGGAAAUUGCUGGAACCAGUGGAUCAUGGGAAAAUUGAAUAUGAGCCCUACAGGAAAAACUUCUAUGUUGAAGUCCCAGAGCUGGCUAAGAUGACUCAGGAAGAGGUGAAUGCAUAUAGGCUGGAAAUGGAAGGAAUUAUAGUCAAGGGUAAAGGAUGUCCUAAGCCAAUUAAAACCUGGGUACAGUGUGGUAUUUCUAUGAAAAUCCUGAAUUCCAUGAAAAAGCAUGGCUAUGAGAAGCCCACCCCUAUCCAAGCCCAGGCUAUACCUGCAAUUAUGGGUGGACGCGAUUUGAUUGGCAUUGCUAAAACAGGAAGUGGAAAGACUAUUGCUUUUCUGUUGCCCAUGUUCAGGCACAUCAUGGAUCAGAGACCACUAGAAGAAGGAGAGGGUCCAAUAGCUGUUAUUAUGACUCCUACUCGAGAGCUGGCUUUACAGAUUACAAAGGAGUGUAAGAAGUUCUCAAAGACACUUGGGGUUAGAGUUGUAUGUGUAUAUGGAGGAACAGGAAUAAGUGAACAGAUUGCUGAACUGAAAAGGGGUGCUGAAAUAAUCGUUUGCACACCUGGCCGCAUGAUUGACAUGUUAGCAGCUAACAAUGGUCGAGUGACAAAUCUUCGGAGAGUGACAUAUGUUGUCCUUGAUGAAGCUGAUAGAAUGUUUGAUAUGGGCUUUGAGCCUCAGGUUAUGCGCAUUGUAGACAAUGUGAGACCUGAUCGCCAGACUGUUAUGUUCUCUGCUACCUUCCCUAGAGCCAUGGAGGCUUUAGCUCGUCGAAUAUUAAGCAAGCCAAUAGAAGUCCAAGUUGGUGGUAGAAGUGUCGUCUGCUCUGAUGUGGAACAAAAAGUGAUUGUCAUAGAGGAGGAGAACAAGUUUUUGAAGUUACUUGAAUUAUUGGGACAUUAUCAGGAACAAGGAGCUGUCAUUAUAUUUGUAGAUAAACAAGAACAUGCUGAUGGAUUGCUGAAAGACUUAAUGAGAGCCUCUUAUCCCUGCCUCUCUCUUCAUGGAGGUAUUGACCAAUAUGACAGAGAUAGCAUAAUCAAUGAUUUUAAGAGUGGAGUGUGCAAGCUUCUUGUGGCCACAUCUGUGGCAGCCCGAGGUCUUGAUGUAAAACAUCUUAUGCUUGUAGUCAACUACAGCUGCCCCAAUCAUUAUGAGGAUUAUGUGCACAGAGCAGGCAGAACCGGACGAGCAGGCAACAAAGGUUAUGCAUAUACCUUCAUUACUGAAGAUCAAGCACGGUAUGCUGGUGAUAUAAUUAAAGCUUUGGAGUUGUCAAGUAAUCCAGUUCCUCCUGAGCUGGAGAAGCUUUGGACUGACUUCAAAGAUCAGCAGAAGGCUGAGGGGAAAACAAUUAAGAAGAGCAGCGGGUUUUCUGGGAAAGGAUUCAAGUUUGAUGAAACUGAGGAGGCUUUGGCUAAUGAGCGGAAGAAAUUACAGAAAGCUGCACUUGGCUUGCAAGAUUCAGAUGAUGAAGAUACGGCAGUUUCAAUUGACGAGCAGAUUGAAAGUAUGUUCAAUUCAAAGAAAAGAGUAAAGGACAUGGCAUCAUCUGGCGGGACAUCUAACGUUCCUGCCCCAACAGCAGGAAAUGCAGAAAAGUUAGAAAUUGCUAAGAGAUUGGCAUUGAGAAUCAAUGCACAGAAGAAUCUUGGAGCCGAGGCACAAGUAUUGGUCUCUUUUCAAUUUAAGGAUGUGAUGCAGCAAGCUACAAAUGCUAUCCUGAGGGGUGGCACCAUUCAGGCUCCAACCGUAUCUGCAAAGACCAUUGCAGAACAACUGGCUGAGAAGAUCAAUGCCAAGCUGAAUUACGUGCCCAUAGAGAAACAAGAGGAGGAAAAACAGGAAGGCGGACAAAAUGAAUCUUUUAAAAGAUAUGAGGAAGAACUGGAGAUCAAUGAUUUCCCACAGACUGCCAGGUGGAAAGUAACAUCAAAGGAAGCCCUGCACAGAAUAAGUGAAUAUUCUGAAGCUGCCAUUACAAUCAGAGGAACAUACUUUCCUCCAGGCAAAGAGCCCAAGGAGGGAGAACGAAAAAUUUACUUGGCCAUUGAGAGUGCCAAUGAAUUGGCUGUGCAGAAAGCAAAGGCAGAAAUCACCAGGCUUAUCAAAGAAGAGCUUAUCAGACUGCAAAAUUCAUACCAACCAACCAACAAAGGAAGAUACAAAGUUUUAUAAAUAUUUGGAGUAAAUAUGUCUGCCAGUUUUCAUUUGUGAAACUUGUCAUUUCUGUUUAUCUUUGCUAUUUACACUGCUUAUUGUAAAUUACAUUUUUUAAUGUAGUCAUGCUGGAUUUUUUUAAAGAUCAAAAUUACUUUUGUCAGGGGGUCCUUUUCUGCGCAGAUUACAACAGUUUCAGGAGAGCAUAAUUAAAGGUUUUUUUUAAAAAAAUUGUGUGCUUCUAAGUAUACGGAAUAAAAUCAGUUACAACUUUUCUGAACAACUAGUAUAAGCUCAGCUUGAAAAAUCUUAAACAGGGGGUGGUAGUUGUACUUCAACAAAGGUUGAAGUUUCCCACUUUGCAUAGAAAAAGCCUCCCUUGCCCAUCUUCCUCCCAUUCCGAGUUAGAUCAGUGAGAGGCAUAUGAACUUCUAGAACCAUAUAAAUGGCCUGGAAAUCAUGAGUACUUAAACUCCUAAUGGACUUUGAUGCAUAAAGAUAACAAAAGUAGUGUCUGUAUAUUUUCCUGCAAAAUGAGAAAUUUGGAAGAUUUAAAUAAGUUUUCUAUACAUGUCUGGUUUUAGGAAUUAGCAAAAAAAGUUUUGUUUUUUUUAAAUUGAACUUAUUAUUUAAUGAGAGAAAUUGUACUUCCAUUACAUGAGAAAUCUUUUUCCAUAAGGGAAGUACAGAAUUAGUCAAGCUUAUUGUGAAUGUGUGUGUAUAUAUAUUCUUUAAUUAUUUCCCCCCAUUUUUCUGUGUCGGCAUAUGAGAAAAUAGUUUGUCAGUCACCUCCAAUGUUGGUGGCUAUUGUAUCAGAAUAUGGUAGCCUACUUGAGACAGUCUCUGACCUGUAGACACUUAACUGAGAACUUAGUCUAACCCUCCCUGGUUCCAAAGCUGUUCUGUUUUCCACUUCUUAUCACAUUAACAUUUAUGAGAGAACUUUUCUCAAAUUCUUGUAAUUUUGCCUUUAUUAUUGCAUCACUGGUGGUAUCUGUGUAAACAAUGGCAGUAAUAAUUGGAGCUAAAUUUGUCCAGUUUUGAAAUGUCUGUCUUGUAGAAGGGUGUGAUGCUAUGGGGCAAAAUCUAAUUUUAAUAUGUAAAAUGUACAUUGAUCUAAAUAAAUCAGGCUCUAAAUUUAAUAAACUGGAACACCAAAACAAGCUCAUGUGUUUUUCAAAGCAUGAAUUGCCUUUAACUGUGUUGGACUUCCCAAAAUAUUUUGCCAGAUUAAUGACAUGUGUUGUGCUGAUUUUAUGUUUCACUUUUCAACAGCUUUGACUUGCCAUGUGGUAGGACUGUAGCUGUUUUGUUUUUAAAAGAAAAUCUAAAACACUUUCACUGGGCUGUAAGAAUUCAUGGGAAGGUGAGGAGAUUAGCAGGAGCAUGAUUGUGCUGUUAAAUACUUUGCGAUGGGAACUACUUUGAGAAGCCAUGAUAUUGGAAACAUUUCAUUUGAGAAGAUACUUAAUUCUUUCUUUACCUGUAAUUUUCAGUUUUAGAAUGAAUACAAGGUCUUUGUAAAGAACAAUUUCAUUAUAUGUGUGUUUUCUAACUUCCUCAUAAAAUAAAAUAAAACGCCAUUGUGUA